GACCCAUACACGUGACUAGAAAACCUGGUGUCUUGGUUUGCAUCAUUAUAAAAUUGUUCACAGAAUUGGAUCGGAUUGGGGCACGAAGACAAUUAAUUAUUAACCAUAAUAUACUAGUCCCAUAAUGUUAUAUUUGUAUUAUGAGCUCGUGAUACUAUCAAACUCAUUAUACCGAGUGCGCGAAGAUCGUUAUGUCAAUCAUUACGAGUUUGUGAUAAAAUGGAAAAAUAACAACGUAAAAUGAUCGAUUGGGCGGGAUGAUGCCAUUUAUCGUCUUGGUCGAUAAUUAUUUACGCCGUGUCCACGUGAUCGACUGUCGCAUACCUACGGCACUAUAUCAUCCACAUUAUCAAUAACCACCACUGCUGUCCAGCACUUUUCGACUGGCCGUCGGAAAACUCGCAUCGUUUAACCGCGGUGCACUUAUGUUGAGCCUUCCGUUGUGUUUGCUCAAGUUUCUACGAUACCGUCACAGUGCGUACACUCGGUUUGUGGUGAGUGAUUUAAUUCAUCAUCAAUCAACACCAUCGCUGACGCCGAUGAAUCAAGUUUCUGGUAGUUGUAUUUGUAGUAGGUAUUUGCCGCUAUACUUAUUGCCAUAACGGUCAACAACAUGGACGUCCGGUUCGUUCUUGUGACCGCGGUCGCGUUAUUCGGGUUGUGCGUCCACUGUCCUGUAUCUUCCACCACCAGCAUCUCCAACGCAAGACCCAACGUCAACGGUUUAAUAGAAUUUAUCACCAACAACUCGGAAUAUAGCUCCAACAAAACUAUGGAUCUCUUCAUUAAAAAUGCUAUGGAUAUCAUUAACAAUAACUUGACAGAUAUCGUUAUUGAUAACUCUACACAAUUUAUCGUAGGAAACUUCACGAAAUUCAGAAUUAACAAUUCUACACAAAUAAUCUUCGAUAACUCAAACAGCUCUAAACUUACCGGACGGAAUAUUUGCACGUAUAUCAAAAAUUACGUUUCAAAACGAACAGUCACGAAAUAUAAAAUCCAUUCGACCCAAACUUCAUAUUUUUGUUUAAAAAAUUGGAAUUUUGUAUGUUAUUUUGUGUCUGAAACUAUAGAUCCGAUUCAAACCGAAACCUUAGAAAACAAUUAUGUAAUCAUCAAUACAUGCUGUAAAGGUUACGAAAAAAACCAAAAUGGGACAAAUUGCCGUCCUGUCUGUAAAGAUCAUUGUGUAUGGGGAAAAUGUAUUUCACCGAAUAUGUGCAGCUGUGACAAGUAUUACGAUGGACCAUCUUGCCGCAGACGUAUAGGUUGUCCAUUGGGAAAAUACGGAUUUGAUUGCACGCAAACUUGCCAAUGUCAAAAUAAUGCUACAUGCAAUUAUUUAAAUGGUAAUUGCUCUUGUCAACGAGGAUAUUGGGGAAAAUAUUGUGAAAAUGUAUGUCCAUCUGGACAUUAUGGUUAUGAAUGCCAACAUGCAUGUAGAUGUCAAGCUGGUGCAAAAUGUGAUCCAGUAAACGGUGUUUGUUAUUGUUUACCGGGAUACACAGGAAUUAAUUGUGAAGUACAAUGUCCACCAGGAUUUUAUGGUUAUAAAUGCCAAAAUGAAUGCAAAUAUCAAAAUGGUACAAAAUGCGAUAUAGUUAAUGGUGACUGUACUUGUCUAACAGAAUAUAAAGAACACGAUGUUGAAUCAAAUAAAUGCAAUUGCCUAAAUGGUACAUUAUGCAAUUCAGAAAAUGAAUCUUGUUCUUGCCAACCAGGACAUUUAGGAAAUAAUUGCAAGCAUACUUGUCCCCAGGGUUAUUAUGGAAAAGAUUGCCAAAAUCUAUGUAAAUGUCAAAACGGCGCCAAAUGUGAUGCAGUAAAUGGUGAUUGUCAUUGUACUCCAGGAUAUACUGGAAAAUAUUGCUCGUCGAUUUGUCCAUCAGGAUUUUAUGGCUAUAAAUGUCAAAACGAAUGCAAAUGUCAAAACGGUGCCCUAUGUGAUCCGAUUAUUGGAGCUUGUGCCUGUAAACUCGGUUUAUUCGGAAACGAAUGUGAGAAAACGUGUCCACCCGGUACUUAUGGUUUAAACUGCAAUUCAACUUGUAAAUGUCACAACGAAUCAAGAUGUCGGGAAUCUGAUGGAAUUUGUUUGUGUAAUCCCGGAUUUUACGGGCCUACGUGUUCGGAAGCUUGUCCCAAAAAUUAUUACGGAGAUAUGUGUUUGCGUAUGUGUAUGUGCAAUUCGACCAUGGAAAUUUGUAAUCAUAUUAAAGGAUGUGUAGCAUGCAACAGCAGUGUUUCAAAUGACAGUGAAUGCACCAAUGCCCUUCAGUUAGAGCCAACAGACAAUGAAGCGGUCUGGAUUUUCGACAUUUUGGUUAUUUUGAUCUUCUUGAUAGUUUCAACAAUAUGUUUGGCGAUAAUGAUGUGCUGCUAUUAUUGCUGUAACCAACUUAAAAUUCAAAGGUACGUGAACAAUUUUGAACUUCGGAUGUCUCCUGACAUACAAUCAAACCCUAACAUUGAAGUGAUAUGUACUGCCAGCAAUUGUGGUAUGAACGUUGGAAAUAAUAUGUUCGAUUCGAGAUUGCCGAUGACUAGCUAUACGAAUGAAACUUUUUACAACAAUUGUGCGCGUGACCACAAUUUUGAUGAUGAUACUGGUGAAAACUUGUACUUGGAAAUUGACGAAAGUACUUUUAAACGUGCAGACGAUUUGUACGAUCAUCUAGAUUUCUUACGUCCAACGGUAUCGUGGAAGCCACAUUAUCAAAGUGCAUUCCUAGGUAGUUCGAAAAAAGAAGAGACGACAUAAUGUAUUUUUUUUAUUUUAUAUAAUAACAUUUUGUUUUAUUAUUAAAAUUUAUAUUUAUAUUAUUAUUAUUAUUAUUAUUAUUAUUAUGAUAGACACCAUAAGAUUGUUUUAUAAAUUAUUAAUAUACAAAGCAAUAAAGACGUUAACAUUAUAAAAAAUAA